AUGUCAUAUGGUUGGUUGUUCGGUCCUUGGCGAUGUCAAGAACACAUGUGGGAAACAAUCCAGCACCAAGUUAGCAACGGAGCAGUUGUGCCCCGGUGUGCGCGAAGUUACAUCCCUUCUGUCGAGCGGCACAGGGAGCAGGCGGUGGCGGUGAGUUUCGAUGAGGGCCGUCCAAAGGUUUCGACCUUACUGGGCGCCCAGGCGUCGCAGGGACGUGGCGGAAAUGAGCGAGUGCCUCCGUGGCCACAUGACAGUGUCGUCACUUAA